UUCACUUUAUGAUGGAUUAAUUCUUUAAUUAAUCAAUUAUGGACUAACAAUAAUCAAAUAUUAAAAUUAUUAUUAAUAUAAAUUAUGGUUCAGAGUUAUUAAACACUUAAUUAUGAACAUAACAGAGUUAUCUUACCUCACAAACGUAAACAGACCUCCACUCCACCUCCCUCACGCUACUCCUCCCUCUCCGACGAAAUACUCCAAGUUACUUCUCUAUCGAUUUUCCUUCCUCCCUCUCACGCGUUAGAUAUUUCGUUCAACAGCUCAGUUGCAGUUGCGCCACUCCACCGGCGGCGUCGAUUCAAGUCUCCAUUUCAGCUAUUUGUCAGGUACUUAGUUUUUUCAGGAGAAAUGGCACCAAGAUGGAAAGGAAAAGAUACAAAAUCGAAAAAGGAUGCAGAAGCCGAGGCACUUAAGGAACCCAUGUCAAAGAUUAUAUCGCAACUUCAGUCUUCUUUAGUUCAAUCAAAUGCUUCUGGAUUUCUCUCUGAUAAUUGUGUACACUUAGCAGUGCAAGCGGAACAACUUGACCUACUUGAUAAAGCAUGCUUUGGUCGACCUGUGAGAAACGUUGAAAAGGACACGUACUGGUUUCAAUUAACCUUGGAGGAAGCAUUCUACCUAUGUUAUUCCUUGAAAUGCCUCAAGAUUAAUGGUGGUGCUGAUACUAUUCCUUUGAAUGAUGAAGAGUUGUGGUGUUACUUCAAGUCCAAGAAACAAGCAUUCCCCUUUUUCUACAAGGCUUAUUCUCACCUUCGAAUGAAAAACUGGGUAGUAAGGUCAGGGGCUCAGUAUGGUGUAGACUUCAUUGUCUAUCGUCAUCAUCCGGCUCGGGUGCAUUCUGAGUAUGGUGUACUUGUUCUAUCACACGACAAUGAUGAUGAUCUAAAUGGAAGAUUGAGAGUAUGGUCUGAUGUUCAUUGCACUACUCGACUUCUUGGAAGUGUUGCAAAAACUUUAUUAAUUUUGUAUGUUAAUAAAAAUGGUCAUAGUGAUGAGUCUCCAUUAUGUUUGGAAAACCAUGCCAUUGAAGAGCGCACGAUCUCUAGAUGGAGUCCAGAACAAUGUCGUGAAAGAUCCAUGUAGACAUUUCAUGUUCUUAUUAGUACUACUAUUAUUCCAUAUCUGCAUAAUGCAAUAACUGUUUCUUUUUGUUUUAGGAUCUCUAAGUCUUAGAUAUUGCACCUAGUGUUCUUUUAUUUU